AUGGCGAUGGCAAACAUGAAACUCUACGUAGUUUUGGCAACCGCCCUUCUACUGCUGGGGUCAUCAGAGGGUGGCUUCAGGGUUACCUGUCGCAGUCCGGAUCCCCCUAUCAACGGAGUCGUGUCCCACCAGUCCAACGGGUAUGGCGCCAGGGCCACGUACUCCUGCAAACCCGGGUAUGAACUGGUCGGUGAACGCACAAGGACGUGUGGUGAUGAUGGAUACUGGACGGGAUCGAGUCCUUACUGUACACGCGGACAUUGCCCUGCGCUCACCCCCGUCGCCAACGGAGCUUUGUAUGGAGGAGCAUACACAGAAGACGUCAUCAAUGUCGUCUGUGAUCCUGGGUACGAGCCGAGAACAACCUCUCUCACCUGCCAAACUGACAACACAUGGAGCAGCUCCCUGCCGACUUGUGCAGCCGUAGAAUGCCCGCCGCUGCCGCCUCCUACCAACGGAGACUCCUCCGGAGACACCUCCUACCUCAGCUCCGUCACCUUCUUCUGUCAUCCCGGGUACGAGCUGAGAGGCAGCUUCUCACGCACGUGUCUGUCGGACGGGACCUGGACCGGGAUCCAGCCGGACUGUGUCUUGAAACAGUGCUCCUGGUUAGAGGCGCCUUCGUUGGGCAGUAUUGACGGGAACAAUGGUCGUGACGUGGGCUGCACGGUGUCGUUCUCCUGUAACCCUGGAUACCUGCUGCAGGGCAGUACCUCCCGAACCUGCCAGGAGACGCAGCAGUGGACCGGAUCGCAGCCUGUUUGCAUCAAGGCACAAUGUCCGCCGCUCACCGUGCCACCAAAUGGAAUGAAGUUUGGAGGGACCGCCUUCAUGGACGAGGUCACCUUCAUGUGUAUCACUGGGUACGAGAUCGUGGGCAGCAGCACGCUGACGUGUCAGGACGACCAGACGUGGAGCGGGACAGAACCCGCCUGUGUCCGAUCCCAGUGCCCAGUGUCCCAGCCGCCCGCCCAUGGAGACGUGUCCGGAGGGAACUUGUUCGGAGACACGGUGACGUACGAGUGUGAGGUGGGGUACAGGCUGCGCACCAGAUCCCACCUGUGA